UCAUAUUGGUUUCUCCUCAUGGCCUGGCUGAUCUACACCUCUCUGGAGCUGCUCAUUGCCAUGGCUUGCUGCCUGGGGAACGUGCUGGUGGUUUGGGCCGUGUGUUUGAGGCGGACCUUCCGUCAGCCUACCUUCUGUUUCGUGGUGUCUCUGGCCGUGGCUGAUUUGCUGGUGGGGGCGGUGGCAGUGCCCCUGGCUGUGCUGGUGGAUGGGUGGGUGGAGAUCCCGUUCCAAGCCUGUCUGGCGGUCAGCUGUGUGGUGCUGGUGCUGACCCAAGCGUCUGUUCUGUCUCUCCUGGCUAUUGCUGUGGACCGAUACCUACGGGUCUCAAUACCUCUCAGGUAUAAGGAGAUCGCCUCUGAGCAGCGCUCCUGGACGGCAGUGGUCCUGUGUUGGUUGAUAUCUUGUCUGCUGGGUUUCACCCCUCUCUUUGGUUGGCAUAAUGGCGAUUCCCAGUCCUCCCUGCUCCUUAACUCUUCUCAUAUCAACUGCACCUUCUUAGCUGUCAUCUCUCUGCCCUAUAUGGUCUACUUCAACUACCUGGGCUGUAUCCUACUCCCUUUAGCAGCCAUGACUCUUCUUUAUGCUCUGGUCUUCUACAGUCUGCGCAAACGCCUCCAGAGGGAAGACCAGACUAAACUUAGGGCUUUUCUAAUCAAGGAGAAGAGGCUGGCACGUUCUCUGGCUCUGGUUCUCCUGCUGUUUGCAGCAUGUUGGAUGCCUCUGCAUCUCAUGAACUGUGUAUUGCUCUCAACGGGUCCUCAAGGCGUCCCCCAGACCGCUUUCUAUGUAGGGAUACUCCUCUCUCACGCCAACUCAGCGGUGAACCCUGUGGUCUACGCCCUCCGUAUCGCAAAGAUCAGGGAGGCUUACCUGGAGAUCUGGAGACAGUAUGUUCUGUGCUGGAGAGGACAACGAGACUUCUCAAGCUCCUCAUGGAGAUCCCAGCCGGGAGAACUGGCCAUCAAAUGAC